UGUGACGUCAUCGGAGGGGGCGGGGCUAAUUUCAAAACCUAGAGCCAAGAUGGCGGCGAGGGGAUCGCUGAGGAAUCGGAAUCGAGUGGAUUCGCAGAAAAGCUGGGAAAUGAAUCACGUUGACGGGCCAGAAGAAGAUAAUGGGGAAGACGGAAUUCCUAAUUCGGAGUCUGACGCAGAGGUUAUGGACACACCACACCCCAUACAAAUAGUCUUGGCUCAUGAAGAUGACCAUAAAUUUGAACUGGAUGAAAUGGCCUUGGAGAGUAUUUUGCUGCAGGAGCACAUAUGUGACCUGAAUGUGGUUGUCGUGUCUGUGGCUGGUGCUUUUCGUAAAGGGAAAUCUUUCCUACUCGAUUUUAUGCUUCGGUUCAUGUACAGUCAGAGCUCCACAACAUGGAUUGGUGGAAAUUAUGAGCCAUUGACCGGUUUUACGUGGCGGGGAGGAUGUGAGCGAGAGACCACUGGAAUACAGAUUUGGAGUGAAAUAUUUGUUGUUGAAAAACCUGAUGGAUCUAAGGUUGCGGUUCUUCUCAUGGACACUCAGGGAGCCUUUGACAGCCAGUCAACAAUCAAAGAUUGUGCAACGGUUUUUGCCUUAAGCACAAUGACCAGCUCUGUCCAGGUCUAUAAUUUAUCGCAGAACAUUCAAGAAGAUGAUCUGCAGCAUUUACAGCUUUUUACAGAAUACGGACGUCUUGCAAUGGAAGAAAUCUACAAGAAACCCUUUCAGACCCUUAUGUUUUUAAUCCGAGACUGGAGCUAUCCUUAUGAGCACCAAUAUGGUUUAGAAGGUGGAAAAUUGUUUUUGGAAAAACGAUUACAGGUAAAACAGAACCAACACGAAGAGUUACAAAAUGUCAGGAAACAUAUACACUCUUGUUUUACCAAUAUUGGCUGUUUCCUCCUGCCACAUCCUGGGCUUAAAGUUGCAACCAAUCCAUAUUUUGAUGGCAAAUUAGUAGACAUAGAUGACGAGUUUAAAAAGGAACUUCAAAACCUGGUCCCUUUACUACUUUCUCCGAAGUACUUGGUAGAAAAAGAAAUUGGAGGCACCAAAGUGACUUGUCGAGAUCUCCUUGAGUAUUUCAAGGCAUACAUCAAAAUCUAUCAAGGAGAAGAGCUUCCUCAUCCCAAAUCUAUGCUUCAGGCAACAGCAGAAGCAAAUAACCUGGCUGCAGUUGCUGGCGCUAAGGACACAUACAGCAAAGGCAUGGAGCAAGUCUGUGGAGGAGAUAAGCCAUACAUUGCACCCGCUGAUCUUGAAAGGAAGCACUUGGAUGUGAAAGAAGUGUGUAUAAAGCAGUUCCGUUCUGUGAAGAAGAUGGGAGGAGAGGAGUUCUGUCGCCGAUACCAGGACAAGCUGGAGGAGGAGAUAGACGAAACCUAUGCACACUUCAUGAAACACAACGAUGGCAAAAAUAUAUUUUAUGCUGCUCGCACACCAGCCACUUUGUUUGCCGUCAUGUUUGCAAUGUACAUUAUCUCAGGGCUUACUGGUUUCAUUGGCCUGAACUCUAUAGCAAACAUUUGCAACCUGGUCAUGGGAUUGGCGUUGCUGUCUUUCUUGACCUGGGCGUAUGUGAAGUACUCUGGAGAGUUUCGGGAAUUUGGAGUCGUAAUAGAUCAAAUUGCUGAAGUAAUAUGGGAGCAGGUGUUGAAGCCAAUGAGCGAUAACUUGAUGGAGGAUAACAUAAGAAAAACUGUGACAAACUCGAUCAAGGCAGGUCUUACAGAGCAAGUGACUCAAUCGGCACGGCUAAAGACAGACUGACAGACAAUCCAUCUCCAACUGCAUCUUACCUUAACCAACGCCUGUUUUGUACAAUAAGAACUGUCAAACACAAAAUAAACCAAAGUUUACAAUUAUUACUGUAGGCGUAGCAUAAACUGGCUUCUGAAAAUGCUGCCACAUUUUUCUCUCCCUCCCCUUUCCCCCCAGUGGAUAAGCUAGAAAACCAUGUCAGGAAAGUCAUAGGAUAUGCUUAGCCCCCUCUAGUGGCAAGGCUUGUUAGUGCAUCAAUGGCCCUCCAAGCACAUUGAGUUUACAUUGAUACAAAACUUUUUGCCAUUAUCAAGCUCGAUUCUCCCCCCCCCCCCCAUUUGUAGUAAAGAACAUUUUCUGCUAAAUCAAAAGAUAGUCUUUUAAAAGAAUGAAUGUAGUGUUGAUUUGUAAUUUUAAUAUUUAUAUUCCGUUAUAUCAAGAAUUGCAUCAAUGAUAAACUAUUACAUAGCUUGUUGGGUUUUAAAGAAAUGUAUUGGUUGACUCACUGCCUUCUUUCUUUGUACAUGUUCCCUUUUCUCAGUAUAUCUAUAGAAAUGGCUUAUCGUAUGGAAGGAAUUUUUUUUUUUUUUUUUUUUUUUUGUGAAAGCAAAUGCCUUUUUUUUUUUUUUUUAAAUCCAGAAAUCUGCCAUAACUUAGGUGCAUAUCAGGGGAGAAUGGGCAGUGGAUUUUUUGUUUUUGCCUUCAUGUAUAUAUGUUAAUUUUAUUGGGGAAGGUUUGGGUAAGGGGCACCAGUCCAUCCAGAAGAGUAGACUACAGUUAUAGAAGUUCAGAUCAUCUGUACAGCGUUAGUUAUUUUCUAUACAAGAUCAGAUAGGGCAUGUAUAUGAUAUAUAAAUAAUAUAAAUACCAAUUUUGUAUCAAGUUUUUGUAGUCCAUGCCAAAUUCCGGCUCUGCGGUAGGCUAAGUGGAGUCCCUGCACAGGGACCGUUUGUGGCUCAUGUAAGUGUGUGAAUGCAUAAACCAAUCUGAAGUUUUGAUAUAUUUGUGAUAUUUACCUGCCUUGAACACCGCUGUCUCAUCCCAGCGGGCGGAGAGAAAAAAAGAGCAUAUUUGUUGUGAAUCUGUUUGUCCUGUUGAAAACUUAAAGCAGUUUCCUGUAAUUUAUUUUCAGUAUAAUUAAAAUCUGUUGUAUAUAUGGCACAUCA